AUGGAUUAUCUGUUCUGGAGAAAGAAUAGUUUCAUCGAGCCGGAAAAUGACAGAGAUCCUUAUCCCUGGAUAUUAUGGUAUAUUUGGAAGGUUAGGAAUGACAAACUCUUCAGAGGUAUAGAUAGAGAUCCCUUGGAGCUAGUUCGACAUGCAGAGAGUGAAUGUCGGGCCUGGUUUGAUGCUAAUGAUGUGGUACGAUCAGUGAUACCACCUGUGGUACAAGAUGAUAUUCAUGAGGCACCCCAAGCCAUAAGCUUGGGUAACAUCUGCUUGUUAGAUGGAUCUUGGACACAUCCUGCUCAAUUUAGUGGAUGCGGCUGGUUAUGGAUGGACAGUGCUGGGAACUCUCAACUCAUGGGAACAAAGAAUUUCACUCGACUUGAAUCAGCCUUGCAUACGGAAGUAGAAGCACUACGGUGGGCGAUGGAGAAUAUGCUACAACAUUCGACAUGUCAGAGCUUCGGGACAGACAGCAAGGAACUGAUUGCAAUGAUUAAGGACCCACAGGCGUGGCCAAGCUUUGCGACAGAAUUGGAGAGGAUAGAGACGUUACAGAUAUGCUUCCCGGACUUCAACAUCAUUCAUCUUGUGGGGCUAGCCAACUUGGUGCAAAAGGGUUUACAAAAGCUGAUUGAGAUGCGCGUGAUCAGACACCUUUUGCUAGGCUAUUCAUACGGAAUUUUAAAGCUCUAG